AAUACUAUGAGUUUAGAUAUGAAAUAUUCAGUCGAGAGUUUUUGGAAAUAUAUUUAUGUAGUGCUACUUUUUUUCUCAUUAUGCUCAGCAUCUGUCAUACCUAUAAUAUAUGCAUACUCUCCUAAAUGUAGACAUCAUCCAGCUUAAAUUGUCUUAAUCUUAUGUAAAUUAUUUUUAUAUUUUAGGUAUUUUAGAGAUGAUUACUUGCUAUCAAAUAUUUUUAAAGAGUGUUGAAUUUGAAGAACUUAUAAAAUUUCUGGAUGACAUUAUUAGUUAUAAUUAAUUAAGGAGAUACUAUUCUUUUGGCUAAGAAAUAAUUUCAGAUAAAACCUUAUCCUAAAUAAAUUAAUCACUUAUUUUUUUUGGAUUGUUAGCUCAAUUAAAUUAUUAUGCAAUUUUAACAUUAGAUUUUAUACUAACAUUAACUAAACCAUUCUUGAAUACAAAAAUGAAGCAAAUUUCAUAUAAUUUUGUGGCAUGUUUAACCACAAUAACAAUGUAUUAUUUUGAGAAAGAUAAAUUUGAAGAUUUUAAUUGUGAAACAAUAGGAACAAAUCCAACAAAUUAGGUAUUUAAAAUUCAGUUAAUUGUUAUUACUUUAUUAUUGGUUAUCUCUGGUUAUGUUGGAAUUAAGGAUCAAUCUAAAAUGAAGAAAAUUAAUGUUAUCGUUAGAAAAAAUAGAAAGAAAUUUUUUCUUAAUCAUUUAGUAAAUUAUUUUGAAAUUAUAAUAUAGUGUUUAAUAUCUGCUCUGCUUAUGAUGUGGAGUUUUCCAAUCUUUAUGAAAGGCAAUUAAUUAUUAAAAAGAUUAUAUUUUGCUAUGAUGCUUUUUCAUCGUACAUAUUAGAUUAUUAAUAGUUAGCAACAAUUUUUUUAUGGAUUCGAUUUCGAGAACCUUAUUUCAGAAGUAGAGCUUUAUUAUUAUUUUCUACAAUAAUUUGUAAAAAAAAAUGGAAAGAAAACAAGGAGUAUAACUUUCUGUUAUUUUUUUUAGUAAAAAUGUUGAUGAUGAUUCUUUAAUAGAAUAAUGUUAGUUACCACUCAACAAGUUAGUAUAAGAAUAAACUAACCAAGAGACAGUAUCCAACAUUUUAAGUUCAAUCCUUAAAAUUACAAGCUAUGAUGAAAAAAUUACUGAUCUACACAAAUAAUGUCAAUAAUAGAAGAAGUUUAGAUUUUCAUCAAAUUAAACUGAAUCUUAAACAGACUUAGAAUCUCCAUUAUUUUAGACAAUAAAUUAUUCAUAAGAAUUAACAUUGACAUUUUAAAUUUAAGAGUAUGCCCCUGCAGUAUUUUAAGAUAUUAGGGAAAAAAACGGGAUUUAUUAUUAAAUAUUUUAAAAUUCUUUAAGAUUAGAUUACAACUAAAAUCAAAUCAAAAAAACUUAAGAAUCUCUUGGAAAAAGUGGGUCAUUCUUCUUUUAUACUUAUGAUAACAUAUUUGUGUUGAAGACCAUCAAUUCAUCAGAGCUUAAGUUUAUUUAAGAUUGUAUUUUUUAAAUUUAAAUUUAAUAGUUUUGGAAGAUUAUUACAAUUAUAUUAUCAAAGAUUAAACAUUUUUGGCAAAAUACUAUGGAUUGUAUACUAUAAGUAUAGAAGGAUUUUCUUCGAUUCAUUUAUUACUCAUGGAGAAUAUUUUUUUAAGUCUACCUAAGGAAAGGAUAGUUUAUGAUUUGAAAGGAAGUCUUGUUAAUAGAAAAUCAAAUAUUAAAAAAUGCUAAGUAGUUGAACUUUCCAGUUCUUAUAAUUAAUAUCUUCCUUAAUAAGGAAUUUUAAAAGAUUAAAAUUUCCUCAAAUCUACAGAUAUUUUUAUUUAGUUGAAAUAGUAAGCAAGAGAUAAUUUAUUCAAUAUUUUAAAAGAGGAUACUGAUUUCCUACUUAGAAAUAAUAUUAUGGAUUAUUCCUUACUUAUUGCUGUAUGUAAUAAUUAAUAAGUAAAUGGAAAACGUAUUUAUUGUAAUAGUAGCAAGUCUUUUUGUUUUGGUCUUAUUGAUUACACCUAAGAGUUCACUCUCAAAAAGAAAUUGGAGUAUUUUUACAAAUUUCAUGUUAAAAGAAAGGGUCAAAAAAUCUCAUGUGUUGAUCCUUAAUUAUACAGUUAAAGAUUUAUUUCAUUCAUUAAUAGUAUAAUUGCUAUCAAUGAUUGGUCCUGA